AUGGAUGCCGCCUCUUGCGGAUGGGUGGCGCGGCGCCGUGCCUGCUGGUUGUCUAGCCGCAAAGGGGAUUUGUUGCCACAAAAUACCCCGCCUGAGGAGUGGGGCUGGGCUACAUGUGAGCCCCCAUUCUGCGGACAGUUGCUGUUCAAAGGUUCCAAGCCGGUGCCUCCUAGGGUUUUCUUUGAACAGGGCUUCAAGCCCCUUUGGAGCCCUGGUGAUGUCUUACGGGGGCUUGCCAAGCCCUUCUUUGUUUUUACCCGGGAAUUCUUUCAUCCGCUCGAUCAGUGCCAGGGAUCGUCGGCAGCUGCGGUCCAACGUUUUCAUGCUGACUCCCGCAGAUUCCCAGCUGCAGCAUAUGAAGAGGCUAGCCUCUUGUGGCGCCAAUCCGAGUGGCGGGUGCCGGCACCGGACGAAAGAUCCAUGAUGAUGGGUGAUGGGUAUCCCGCGGGCGUCAACAGCUGGGGUUCAGUUGUCAAUCUCCUGAGGCUUCAGUUUGAUCGUGUUGUCAUUCCGGAGAAUGUGUGGGCACUUACGGGUCAGAAUCUUGAGUGCUGCAACUUGCGGUUGCCCCAGGCCUUUGCAGCUUUCCAGCGUGGCCGGGGCCAGCAGUGGCACCACUUGCCACCGAGACCGUUGCUUGCUCGUGAUCGCGCCGAAAUCUUUGCUGGUAAUUCUGGCCAGCGCUAUGCUUCUGAUACCAGUAAAGGCCUUGAUCACUUGCUCCCUCCAGGACUUGGCAAAUCUGCUCACAUGUCAGAGGCUAUGCGCUUGCCCUCUCCAUUUGCUGCCAAGCCCUGGCCUGAAGCGGACAUCAGCUUCUUGAAUGAGACGUUGCGUGUAGCCCCUGCCAAGAACCCUGCCUUCAUUGCUGUUGUGACUGCCUUGCUGAGAUGGCCAGACCUUACUCAGGCCCAGUCUUUCCUCUUCGGUUUACCCAUAGUGGGUGAUGUGCCUUUCUCAGGGGUCUUUCGCAAUAUCCACGAGGCUGCCCAUGAUGUGGAGGAGCCUUCAGCGUGGCUUGAACGUGAGGGGUCGCAGGUCGUUGAUGACCUCCUCACUGAGGGACCGCCCAAGGAUCAUGAUGUCAUUUUGCGUGGGGAAACCGACAGACUCUUCGGCCAUGGGAAGUGGCGGCCCUUGGAACGCUUCGUCAUUUCCCAGCCGGAUGGCAAGCAAAGGGUCAUCGACAAUGCUCGCAAGACAGGACACAAUGCGCACACACAAAUGCUCGAGACUAUACAUACGGUUAGCGUGGACUUUGUUGCAAGUUGCUCUCGUGAUGCCCUGCAUACGCUCUUUGCGGGCAACCACGACCUGUCUCCACCGGCCUGUGACUGGCUGCUGCUGCUGCGCUUGGGUACAGAUGAUCUUCCAGAUGCUUACCGGGGACAUCCAGUUGCAGAAGAACACUUACGCUUCAGUGUCAUAUCAGUAUGGGUCCCCGGCUGCGGUUGGCGCUUCUCGGUUCUGUGGGGGCUCGCUUAUGGACUUGAGGCUGCAGUUGUGGCAUUCAACCGCUUGCCUCUUCUGGGCAUCGCUGCCUGCCGCCGCAUGGCUUCAUCCUUUUGUGCGGCCUACUUCGAUGAUGAGUUGUCUCUGGAGUUUGUUCGUGAUGCCGAUGUCUCCCAACGGGGGCUGCACUUGGUAUUCGGCUUGAUGGGCUCACCACCUCAACCUGCCAAACGCUUUUGGGCAGCUGCUAAUCGUUGUUAUCUGGGCACAUCUGUUCAUGUCGGUCAGGCAUGCUCCGAGGGCACGAUUCGUGUGCAGCCUAAGACUUCCUCGGUCCAGAAGGUGGUGGCGAAGCUGGGCGCGGCUCUGGAGUCCAAGAGACUGUCCAGAGAUGAAGCGGGCAAACUGCGUGGUGAUGUGCAGUGGCUCUUCGCUAGCUGCCAUGGGGCUUGGGCUCGUUUCGCUGGGCCUGUGCUCCAAAGGUGCCAGUAUGGCGACGAUCCCGUGCUUGCGGAGCGAGAUCUUCUCGUUCUUUCGGCACUCCGCUCCAUGGCGCAGAUGGCUCGGCCAAGGGAUAUCGAAGUUUGGUCGCCACCUCCUCCGUGCAUGCUCAUCUACACGGAUGCUUCCUUUGAAGAUGAUCAGCUUAGACUGGGGUGGGUCAUUUUUGCCCCGCCGCCCUACAAACCUCUGGGCGGUACCUGCGCAGUGCCUCCCCAGGUGGUGCGUGAAUGGCUGCCGCGACGCCAGCAGAUCUUUCCUGGUGAGGCACUUUGUCUGCUCAUUCUGCCGCUGCUGUACCCUCACGUCCUGGAGGGGCAUGACCUGUUGUGGUUCAUCGACAAUGCAGCGGCGGUCUCUGCGGCGGUCAAAGCUGCCAGUGCGCAGGAGGAUGUCUUUGAGAUUGUUCACAUGGCAUGCCUCCUGAGAGCCCGCCUAGGCUGUAGAUCCUGGUUCGAGUGGGUGGGUUCGGAUAGCAACCCCAGUGACGGAUUAUCCAGACUUGGCAUUGCCAACAUCUGGACAUGUGGCCAACCAUGGUGGCUGGAAGAGGUCGGUUUUCCGCCAAAGGCCUUCCGGUCUACGCUGCGCACCGCCCUGCUGAGAGUGUGA